AUGCGUUGGAUCUACAGCAGUCUUGCUCUGUUCUUAGGGUUUGCGGCGGCCGCCCAGGCUCGCCUUGUUCGACAUGACGGCUCUUUCACGCCUGAUCAUGUCCUUCGAGUGACUGCGGGGAGUUAUAGUGAGGCAUGCGAUGAGCGCCAUUCGGUUUUGGUCAAUGGGUCAGCGCCUGGUCCGGAAUUGCGCCUGCGCGAAGGCGAGGUCAAUUGGAUCCGAGUGUAUAAUGACAUGACUGAUGCGAAUACCACAAUGCACUGGCACGGCUUGACUGCGUUUACUGCGCCCUUCUCCGACGGAGCCCCGGCUGCAAGCCAAUGGCCCAUCCCUCCUGGACAUUUCUUCGACUACGAGGUGUUUCCGGAGAUUGGAUCCGCAGGGACUUAUUUCUACCAUUCCCAUGUCGGGUUUCAAGCCGUCACGGCGAGGGGAGCUCUGAUUGUGGACUCACCAGCUCCGCCGCCGUUUAAGUACGACGAGGAACGGACCGUCCUCAUAUCAGACUACUUCAACCAGACGGACGAGGAAAUCGAGGCCGGCCUGGUCUCGACUAAUUUCACCUGGAGUGGCGAGACAAAGGCAAUCACGGUCAACGGACACAGCCGACAGGCGACGAAUGCCACCGGCUCAUGCAAGCUGGCUGCCAUUUCUGUGGAGCCGGAAAAGACGUACCGGUUGAGAUUCAUCGGAGGCGCCGCGCUGUCGUUUGUUUCGCUUGCCAUUGAGAGCCACGAUGUGCGCAUCAUCGAGGCAGAUGGCCACUACACGCAGCCUCUCGAGACCAGCUUCCUCCAGAUCGCCAGUGGCCAGCGAUACAGCGUGCUCCUGACCGCGAAGAGCGAGGAGGAGCUCAAAAAUGCCGACAAGCGCCAAUUCUACAUCCAGAUCACGACGCUGGAGAGACCGGAAGUGUUGACCAACUUCGCUGUGCUGUCUUAUACUGAUUCACCAGACUUGACCACCGUCCCUUCGCCCCCUCCGCUCCCGGUGGCCAAACCGGUCCAGGGCUGGCUGGACUACAAACUGCAGCCUCUGCAUCCAAACAACGACUUCCCAGCUCUGCACGAAGUAACCAGGAGAAUCGUCAUCGACGUCCACCAGAACAUCAGUGACCGCACGAUCUGGCUGCAGAACGGCUACGACUGGGUUGAAUCCUACCCGCAAUCUCCAUACCUAGUCGACAUAUACAACAACAAACUCAACCUGGAUGCGACGUACUACCGCGCCCUUACACGGGGCAACGGGUUCGACAACAUUACGCGCACUUUCCCGGCUCAAGUAGGCGAGGUGCUUGAGAUUGUGUGGCAGAACCGCGGCGCUGUGGACAACGGCGGUGUUGAUGCGCACCCGUUCCACGGCCACGGCAGGCACUUCUACGAUAUUGGCGCCGGUGAUGGGCUCUACAAUGCUACUGCGAAUGAGGAGCGGCUGAAGGGUACGCAUCCCAUCCAGCGCGAUACCUCUGUGCUCUACAGAUACCGCGAGAAGGCGGGUCCGUUGGUUCCAUCUGGCUGGCGGGCGUGGCGGAUUCGAGUGACGAGCCCUGGAGUCUGGAUGUACCACUGCCAUGUCUUGCAGCAUAUGAUUAUGGGAAUGCAGACGGUGUUUACCUUUGGUAACCGAAAUGACAUUAUUGCGGCUUCGGGGCCGGUUGAUGCUGGAUAUUUGACGUAUGGUGGUUCGGCGUAUGGGAAUGCCACCAGGGCGCCUCUUGCGCAGCAUUUCAAUGAUUAG